CUGAUUCCAAAGAAGUUUGCCAGUCAGGUGAUCUGGGCCACCACCGAGAAGUUGAUCUUUGAGAUGAACGCUCUGAAACCAGACCAUCUGGACAAGAAGACGGCAGAGCGGAUCCGACGCUACGUCUUGGAGCAGUGCCGGCCCAUCAAGGUGAAGCUGCCCGUGCGGUGGCUGGCAUUUGAAGAGAAGCUGAGGAGCAUCGCGGAGAGACUGGGGAGGAUGGUGAUGAGUCGGCAGGAGUGCUUGAAGGUGGCAGAGUCACUGGGGCUGGCGGAGAACUCUUUCGACGUUGCCUUGGACCACUUCCACGAAGUGAGCCUCAUGUUCUAUUUCCGCACCAUCCUCCCAAAAACCGUGUUCGUCGACCCACAAGUGUUGCUGGACAAGGUCUCGGAGCUGGUGGAGUUCAUGUUUGAGCUGCGAGAGCCGGAAGAGGAAGACGAAUCCUCUGACGACACAAAACCAGAAGAGAAACACACACCAGAUGUUGGGGAGAAGACAACCGAACCACUCGAGACGCCAUCAAAUGCCAGCAAUGCUUCUGAGCCAGCGUCAGAUUCUACCAGUGAAUCAUCAGAAGUGCCGUCAGCUGCAGGAGAAGAGUCGUCAGAGACAUCGUCAGACUCUGCAGCAUCGACACCCGAGGAUCCCUCUCCAGAGAAGGAACUGUCGUCAGGUGAAGCAGAAGACGUGGAUCUCUUGCCACCCAGCUGGCAGGAGUUCAUGAAGUUUGGUCGAAUCACAAAGAAGUUUUUGGAAGACCGGAGGUUCAGCAGCCACUACAAGGAAGGGGUCUUCAGCUGUGACGAUCUGAUCCACCUGCUGGAGGAGCUGCUGGUGUUUGCCAGGCUGUGGAACGAGGAGGGUCCAGAGACC